UCCCCCUCCGCGCUCCUCCGCUCUCCUGGUGCUGAAGCGUCGACUUUCUCCUCUCAGAGCACUAGCAGCCAUGGCUGAAAUAAAGACGGGCAUAUUUGCCAAAAACGUCCAAAAGAGGCUCAGUCGGGCGCAGGAAAAGGUUCUGCAGAAGUUGGGAAAGGCAGAUGAGACAAAAGAUGAACAGUUUGAGCAGUGUGUGCAGAACUUCAAAAGACAGGAGUUUGAGGGCUCUAGGCUACAGAGGGAGAUGAAGGCCUACAUAGCAGCUGUGAAAGGGAUGCAGCAAGCUUCUAGGAACCUGACAGAGUCCCUGCAUGAAGUAUAUGAGCCUGACUGGCACGGCAAAGAUGACGUCAUGACCAUUGGAAAGAACUGUGAUGCUCUGUGGGAGGACUUCCAUCAGAAGCUGGUAGACUCUACCAUCGACACACUGGAAACAUAUUUGACUCAGUUCCCCGAUCUCAAGAUACGUGUUGCAAAGAGAAGCAGGAAGUUAAUUGACUAUGACAGUGCAAGGCACCAUCUUGAGACCUUGCAGACUUCAACCAUGAGGAAUGAUAAGAAGAUAGCAAAAGCAGAGGAAGACUUGAAAAAGGCCCAAAAGGUUUUUGAUGAUCUCAACGUUGGCCUUCAGGAUGAACUGCCCACACUCUGGGAUAGUCGGGUGGGGUUCUACGUGAGCACCUUCCGGAACGUCUCCAGCCUGGAAGCCCGAUUCCAUAGGGAGAUCUCUUUUCUCUGUCAUAAGCUGUAUGAAGUGAUGAAUAAACUCGCUGAACAGCACUCAGACAAAAUGUUCACGAUUCAGGGAGCUCCCAGUGACUCAGGUCCCCUGCGAUUAGCCAGGACUCCCACACCACCUGAUGAUGAGAGCCCUGACAGCAGCCCAGCUGCCAGCCCCAACCACACACUAAGGCCUAUAUCUCCUGGCCCACCUCGACCCAAAUCACCUUCACAGCUCAAGAUGGGACCUCCAAAACCACCUCCUCCAAAAGUUACUCCAACCAAGGAGCUCCAACAAGAGCAGAUAAUUGACCUGUUUGAUGGAGGUUUUCCAGAGAUCAGUGUUACAUCUCCACAGCCAAAUGAGAAACCCGGAGAAUCUCUCCUGGACUUGGAUUUUGAUCCGUUCAAGCCUGAUGCCAGUACACCUAUUGGGCAGACCCAAUCACCCAUAUCUCAGACACUACCUUGGGAUCUUUGGACGGGAAAUGCUGCACAGCCUGCACAACCCGCAGCAGAUGCUGGCUUCACUGCCAACUGGGCAGCUGACUUUGGCUCUUCUGCCACCACGGGUAAAGAGGAAUCUGGAAAUGCUCAACCUGCCGUGGAUGUGCAGGGAUGGCCACCUGCCGAAGCCUGGCCUACAGAGGCAGCAUCACAGCCUCAAGAAGAGGCAGCCACAGAUGAGGUGUCCAACAAGGCUUUUAAUGGAUUUUCGAAGGAUGCAACAGUCCCAUCAUUUGUGGCUGACUUUGAUAAGACGUCUGAGGCUGAGGCCACAGAGGGUGAUGUAGCUGAACGAGAAGGUGAAGCAGCCCCAGGCUCUGUACUUGAGGGUGGGGAGAGUCCUGUCACCACUCCUCCUACAGACACACAACCAGCAGAGAUCACGGCUUCAAGCCCCACUGCAGAGAUGGCCACAACCACUGUGGAGUCUCCAGUGUCUGCUGAGACUGAGGCAGCUGAGCAGGCUGAGCUUCCAGUUGAGGACAUAGAAAAGGAGCAACCCAGUGAAGAAGCCCCGGAAUCUGCUUCCAUCCAAGAAGCACAGAAGGAGUCACCUACAGAGGCGCCUCUGGCCACUAUUGAGGAUAAAGAGUCUCCCAUUGAAGAGACUCCGACUAUAGAUGCCAAAUCAGAGGAAGGGGCCAGUUCACUAGAAGCCAAACCAGGAGAUGAACCAGAUAAUGUUGAGCCCAUACCAACAGAUGAACCUGAUAAGGUUGACAGCCAACCAGGAGAAGUUCCUGAUAAUAUUGAGCCCCUACCAGGAGAUGCUCCUGAUAAUACUGAGCCCAAACCAGGAGAUGCUCCUGAUAAUGUUGAGCCCCAACCAGGGGAUGAAACCAGUAAGGAGGGUGCUACAAACAAUGGGAAAGAGGAGGAAAAGAUGCCUAUCCCUUCUGUUGUUAUUGAGCCUGCCUCUAGUAAUGAAGGUGAUGAUGACCGUGAUGGUGAUAUCAUAUCUCCAAUUGCAACCAGUGGCAAUGGGGUGAUCCCAGAAUGCCAGACAACCAAAGACAUCUCCUCUGGAAUGCCUCCUGGAUACCUUUUCAAGGUUGAAACGAUGCAUGAUUUUGAAGCAGCAAACACUGACGAACUGGAGCUGAAGAAAGGAGACAUUGUUUUGGUAGUACCCACAGAGCUAACUGAAGAUCAGGAUGCUGGCUGGCUCACUGGCAUCAGAGAGAGCGACUGGCUACAGCAUGGCUCCUCGGCUCAACAAGGACUGUUUCCUGAAAACUUUACGCAGCGUCUGGAGUAAAUGGGUUGAGUGUGUCGUCAGAAGGCGCAUGGAUCUGGACGUUUGCAGACAGAGCCACUCGCCGUGAAGUCUAAAGUACUGAUGACAGCGGUCAGUCAGACUAGGCAAAUACCACAUAAGAGGAAAUAACACAACAGACUAAACGAAGCAAGAGGAGACACAGACACCUACUCAGAGCAUAAAGAAAAUAACCAAGCAUGACGUAAUAGUAUGAGCAACCUUUUCUCGCAAACCAAGAUAAAAUCCCUGUUUUUGUUUGUUUACCUGUGAGCAGCAACGAAUUGAUGUGUGCUUUGUUGGAACUCUGGUGACCUCCACAUGUAAUCCCUGUCUGUCUAAAGAAGAACUAAAGUGAGAGUUUCCCCUCUAAAGACAAAAAAGUAACCCUCUCCUCUCUGCACCAAGUGUAUUGUAUUGACUUUGUUGCUCUGCAGCGAAUCUUAUCAGAAUUUGUAGUGAUAUGAUCUAUUUAACCAUUCUAAGUGUUAAACAAAACUUAGGUGUUUUCUUUGAGAUAUUUCAGAUAUAAAUGUGACAUUGCAUCAUCGUUAGUGUUCUCUGUAGUUUCACGGCUGGCCGUGCGCAGCUGUGGUGGUGGUAUUUGGCAUAUGUUUGAUAUUGACAUAGUUUAUGGCCGAGACUUUCAGUGUUUAUGCCAAAUUAAUCAAAGUCCUCUUGAUGAAUAUGGAUAUGUGUUGAGUUUACAGCAUGAGAAAUGUUGUGAGAAGAAAUCUGAAAUAUUGCACCUGGCUAAUACAGCUUUGCAAAACACAACAUGUAGCUCCCUAUAAUUACAGACAUUAUGUGUAUUUUAUUCUCAAAGACAUUAAUGCAGAAUUUAUCCUUGAAUAUGGACGUGGAAAUAUUAAUUUGUGAAUGAUGUUUUAUGUUUGGAGAAAUUGUAUUUAUUCAACUUUAUAUUUUUUAAGCCAAUGAUGAACGGGGAAGUUUGGGGUGGGGAAUCUAAAAAAAUAUGCAAUAUAUGUAAUUGGUUGAUAGAGUAAUCAUUGUCUUCAUUGUUUGGUUCUGAAAUGGAAAAACAGCAUCACUCCUGUGUUCGUAUUGUAAGCCUCACUGUAGAGCAUUUCUGUGAUCUACAUAUCUGUGCUAAUUUAUCUGUAAACUGAAUAAAGAAUAGUUCAUA